AUGACGACCAGAUACCGCGUCGAGUAUGCCCUCAAGACCCAUCGACGGGAUCAGUUCAUAGAAUGGGUCAAGGGUCUUUUGGCGGUGCCCUUUGUGCUCUACUCCCAGCCGACGGGGGUGCUGGGCGACGAUGCCAGCGUCGCCAAGAUGGCCGAGGAGGCUCAUCGGCGGUACGCGGAGAUUAUGCGUGACGUCGAGAUGAUGAUUGACGACCACAUAUCGCGCCAGAAGCAAAACCAAACGCAGUCGCAGGCCUUGGGGGGCGGCGUGGCGGCGAGCCUCGCGGGCCCCUUGCCGUCGAAGCUCGGCAUGCUCGUUCCCACGGCCGGCCCCUUCUUCACGAGGCUGCCUUUGGAGGCGGCGUUCAAGUAUCAGGACAGGAAGCGGUACAUCUCGUCGAGACGAUACGUGGCCCCGUCGUUCAACGACGUGCGGCUGGUGCUCAACUCGGCGCAGGUCAUGGCCGUGACGGGCGGUGCGCUGCAACUGGCCACCUUUGAUGGUGAUGUGACGCUGUACGAUGACGGGGAGAGUCUGGAGCCCGCGAGCCCCGUCAUCCCCCGACUUCUCGGCAUCGUGACGGCCGCGGGCUACACCACGGCUGACGGAUACUACAACCGCCUCCAUGGUCUUUUGGACGCCAUUGCCGCGUCGCCCGAUUUGGACGAAACGCAGAAGAGAAGUGUCGUCAUCAUGGGCGGCGAGGCCAACUACCUCUUCACCUACGAGCCGUCCUCGCCGCAUCGCUUGGCGCCCGUCCCUCGACCGCAAUGGCUCACGCCCGAGAUGGCAGCCUGGUCCGAGGCCGACAUUGCCGCGCUUCUGGACGUGGCGGAAUCGGCGCUCAAGGACUGCGUGCGCACGAUGAACCUCCCGGCGACCAUUGUGCGCAAAGACCGCGCCGUCGGCAUCAUUCCGUCGGAGCCUCACGUGCGCAUCGCACGCGAAAGCCUCGAGGAGACGGUCCUCGUGGUGCAGAGGAUCCUGGAGCUGAGCCACCUCGGCUCGCAGACGCAGGCGGCCGGGCGGUCGUCGCCCGCCACCACGACCACGGGGCGCAAGGGCGUUCCCUUUUGCGCCUUCAACGGCGGGCGAGACGUCUUUGUCGACAUUGGCGACAAGAGCUGGGGCGUGACGGUGUGCCAGCAAUGGUUUGGCCGGCAGGGCGCGGCCAUCAGGGGCGAGAACACCCUGCACGUCGGCGACCAGUUUCUGAGCGCUGGCUCCAACGACUUCAAGGCUCGGAGCGUCGGCACGACGGCCUGGAUCGCCAGUCCGGCCGAGACUGUCGAGCUCCUCGACGAGCUGGCGGACCUGAUGCAGAAGAAGUUGUCGUGA